AUGGGCAACGUGGAGAGCCAGAACGGCGACCAUGCCUUCUACGGCACCCAACAUGGCCACCUGUCCCGUAAGCACAUGUCUCGAUCUCUCCGCAUCUCCAACAAGCACCAUCAGUCCCAGUCCAGCUCUGGUUCCACCCGCCGCUCCCGUGACUGUCACGCCUCGCAAGGCAAAGUAGAUCACCGUAACUCGGAGACCUCCACGCGUUCCAGCAGCACCCCUAGUAUCCCACAGUCCUUAGCGGACCACGCCCUGGAGCCCUUCAAUCAGACCAAUGUCCUGUCAGACUACUCCUCUCCGAUCUGGGUGGACCGCAUGGCCAUGAACCUCCGGCCAGUCUCCUUCCAUACCCACCGAGACAACCCGUCUGUAACGCUCCAUCAAGACGCAGCGUCACCUGGGGCUAGACCCCACGAACCCCAGGGUCUACAGGACAGAGGACCAGGCCUAUACAGUAACACAGGGGAGGCGACCUACCUUCAGAAGACUAGAGACGGACCUAGGGAACCCCGAGAGGUGGUCAGCUUCAAGAAGAAGAGGUCCAAAUCAGCCGACAUGUGGAGAGAAGACAGUCUGGAGUUCAGUCUGUCAGACCUCAGCCAGGAACACCUCACCAGCACAGAGGAGAUCAUCGACACGGAGGAGGCAGAGGACUUCCCUGAUUGUGACGGCCUGCGGGGGCUCGUGUCCCCCGAGGGUCUGGAGGGUCUGGACGCAGCAGGCCGGGCCAACUCCCUGGACCAGCUCUACGGGGGUCAGAAGACCCCGACCCGCCGGCCCGCUGGACGCUACGCUAAGUGGCACCAUGACGCUAACCGCUCCGCCCGGGAGGGUGAUAAGAUGGUGUCUCCGGAGGAGGAGGAGGAUGGGAACUCGUACGGAGCUUAUACUCUGCCAUGCCGACGCUCACACUGCCUGUCUGAGGGCCUGACCAGUUACCGGGCUGCCACCUGCUCCACCAUGCAGGGACGCAGGGCACAGACCAUACAGGAUGUGACUGCCGGAGAGGGCAGUGAGUACGAGGACAGUGGCAUCGACGGGGUGACGGUGUCGGGGGCGGAGCAUCACUCCCGGCGCUAUAAGACCAUGUCUAUGUCCUUCUCCGUGUGCUCGGCGGCGGGGCGGAGCCUGUUCGCUGGCAGCGACAGCGGAAGCAGCAACGGGGGAGCGCCCAGUGAUGGGGUCCAGGGGGUCUACGAGAACUUCAGACAGGAGUUGGAGAUGAGCUCAUGUCCGACAGAGAGUCUGGAGGAGGCGGGCUCAGCCCUGAGUGAUGAGCAGAGCACCAUGAGUUCAGCCUACCAAUCAGAUCCCCUGCACAGCGUUGUCCAGGGAACCGUGCGGAAGGCAGGCCGGCUGGCCGUCAAGAACAUCCUGGUUCACAAGAAAAGCAAGAAGGUGGAGUCAGCCACCAGGAGGAAGUGGAAGAGCUACUGGGUCUGCCUCAAAGGAUGCACUCUGUUCUUCUACGAGACGGACGGCGGGUCGGGGAUCGAUCACAACAGUGUUCCUAAACAUGCAGCGUGGGCUGAGAACAGUAUCGUACAGUCCGUACCUGAACACCCCAAGAAGGAUUUUGUCUUCUGCCUCAGCAACUCUCUAGGGGACGCAUUUCUCUUCCAGACCUGCAGUCAGACGGAGCUGGAGAACUGGAUCACGGCCAUCCACUCGGCGUGCGCGGCGGCCGUUGCCAGGCAGCAUCACCGGGAGGACACGGUGCGUCUGUUGAAGGCGGAGAUUAAGAAGCUGGAGCAGAAGAUAGACAUGGACGAGAAGAUGAAGAAGAUGGGAGACAUGCAGCUCAGUGCUGUGACCGAUACCAAGAAGAGGAAGACCAUACUGAACCAGAUCUUUCUGUGGGAGCAGAACUUGGAACAGUUUCACAUGGGUCUGUUCCGGUUCCGCUGUUACCUGUCCAGUCUGCAAGGAGGGGAGCUGCCCAACCCCAAACGCCUGCUAGCCUUUGCCUCCAGACCCACCAAGCUGGCCAUGGGACGCCUCGGAAUCUUCUCUGUGUCGUCCUUUCAUGCUCUGGUGGCAGCCCGUACAGAGAGUGGGGGGAGGAGACGUACCCAGACCAUGUCUCGUACCUCCUCAUCCAAACGUAAGAGCAGGUUCUCCUCGCUGUGGGGCCUGGACACUACUUCCAAGAAGAAGAACAAAGCCCACCCCACCAUCAACCAGAAGAGUCACGAGGGGACAGCGAAGAGCCUUCCUCAGGUCAACUCAGACAGUCACAUGACAGACAGUGAUAUCUGGGUGCCUGACCACCUGACCCCGUCCUGGGUGUGUCUUCCUAACGACCAGCCUGUCCUCGCCAUCAUCCAGCCUGGAGAGUCUGCUCUGUACGUUCUGGAGACCGUCUGCAAGGCCCACCAGCUGGAUCCCACCAAACAUUACCUGCGUCUCAAGUUCCUCAUGGAUAACCAAGUCCAAUUCUACAUCCCUAAACCUGACGAGCAGCUGUGUGACUUGCUUUAUAAAGAGAUAGAGCUGGGCUCCAAAAUAACCAAAGUCAUCCAGUUCAACAGGGAUGAGUCCUGUAUGAUUGGUUACGGGUUCUCCAUCUCAGUGGUAGAGGAGGAUAUGGUGCAGCAGCUCUACAUAACAGAUGUAAAGGCGGGAGGAUUGGCCUUCGCUAGAGGUCUGAAUGCGGGGGAUGAGAUCCUGCAGCUGAAUGGGAAGGACUCGUGCAGUCUGAACUUCGGGGACAUGAAGGAGGCGUUCUCCCAGGCCUCUCUGUCCCUGACCGUCAACACUCUGCCCUCUACGGACCGACGACAGAUCUGUUACCUGCCUCCCCGACGCUCUGACGCACAGGAAAACCUCUACACAGACAUCUUCUCUAUGAGCCAGGAGGAGAUUCUGGAUGACGGGGUUGGUCUGAUGCUGGAUAGUUCUGGAGACAGCCUGGACGACGACUCCGAGAUCUUCUGCGAGGCAGACCGAUGCAGAAAGCCUCCCAUGUCUGCCCUGAAGAGGAGCAAGGGCUCCUCAGAGUCCAUCUCUGACACGCUGCAUCUGAGUACAGAGCAGGUCGCAGCAUUCUGUCGCAGUCUCCAUGAUAUGAAUCCGUCUGAGUGUGCCACGACCUCCUCGUCCCCCAGCCUGGACUCGCACUUCCGUCCCCCCGCCACCGGCACCGCCAGCCGCCAGCUCUCCGACGCCGACAAGCUACGCAAAGUAAUCUGUGAGCUAGUUGAGACGGAACGCGCCUAUGUCAAAGAUCUCAAUUGUCUCAUCGGGAGGUACUUAACCCCGCUGCAAAAGGAGACGUGCCUCACUCAGGAUGAGCUGGACAUUCUGGUUGGGAACCUGCCUGAGAUGGUGCAGUUCCAGGUGGAAUUCCUGAAGACUCUAGAAGACGGCACCAGAUUGGUUCCAGACCUGGAGACGCUGGAGAGUGUGGACCAGUUUAAGAAAAUCCUCUUCUCUCUAGGAGGGUCCUUCCUGUACUAUGCAGACCGGUUCAAGAUCUACAGCGCGUUCUGCGCCAGCCACACCAAAGUCCCCAAGGUGCUCGUAAAGGCUAAGACCGAUGCAGACUUCAAGGCGUUUCUGGAAGAGAGGAACCCUAAACAGCAACACUCCUCAACCCUGGAGUCCUACCUAAUCAAACCCAUCCAGAGAGUCCUGAAGUACCCACUACUACUGAGAGAGCUGUACUCACUGACUGACCCCGACAGUGAGGAACACUAUCACUUGAAUGUUGCUAUGAAGGCCAUGAACAAGGUGGCCAGUCACAUCAAUGAGAUGCAGAAGAUCCACGAGGAGUUUGGGUUGGUGUUUGACCAGCUCAUAGCGGAGCAGAGUGGAGACAAAAAAGAGGUUGCUGAUCUGUCGAUGGGUGACUUGCUGCUCCACACCAGCGUAGCCUGGAUCAACCCUCCCUCCUCCCUGGGCAAAUGGAAGAAAGACCCCCAACUGGCUGCAUUCAUCUUCAGAACAGCCGUGGUGUUUGUGUGUAAGGAUGGAUCCAAGCAGAAGAAGAAAAUGGGUGGCUCCCAUCGAGUGUCGUCAGUCUCGUCUGAAGACAAGGACCCAUUCCGCUUCCGUCACAUGAUCUCCACAGACACCCUCCAAGUCCGAGCCCUCAACAACCAAGACGGAGAGGGCUCUGCCGUGUGUGAGAUCGUCCACGUCAAGUCCGAGUCAGAAGGACGGCCGGAGAGGACAUUCCACCUGUGCUGCAGUUCUGUGGACAGUAAGAAGGACUUCCUGAAGACAGUCCACUCCAUCUUAAGAGAUAAACAACGACGUCAGCUGAUGAAGACAGAGUCUCUACCUCCCAACCAGCAGUAUGUCCCCUUUGGAGGCAAACGCCUCUGUGCCUUGAAGGGAGCCAGACCUGCCAUGAACAGAGCAGUGUCAGACCCGGCGAGGACCCUGGGACGGAGGAAACUGGUGAGGAACCGUUUCACCAUCGACACGGACAUCGUCUUCGACGGCGAGCCGGACCAGGAGUCCCCUCUGUCCCCACUGUCUCCUGAAGAGCCUGAGGGACAGGGACAAAGGGAAGGACAGGGAAAGGAACGGGGGGAGGUGCAGGCAGGGGAUACAGACCACUGGGUGGAGGAGCAGUUUGACCUGGAGCGCUACGAGGAGGAGCAGGAGGCGCAGAAGGAGGUGAAAGGAGGAGGAGACGUGAAACAAACAGAGAUCCUUAGUGGUGAUGAGGAUUUGUACCUGUCUGUCAGAGGACCUUCCACUGAAUCACUAUCCAACACAGACCUAGAGGGGCCUGUAGUUGCCCUGUCCCUGGGAGAGGAAGGCCAAGAGAGGGGCCCUAAACAUCCCCAGCCCCAGGGAGCCAUGGAGACCACCACCCCAGGGAUGAGACUUUCCCACCUGGGGAAGCAGUGUGACCUAGCUGGGAUGAGUGUGGAUGACCAGGGGCCUAGGGAGGAAGGUGAGGACAUCUGGCUACGCAGGGAGAACUGUCCCCCGGACUCUGGUGCUCAGACACUACAGAGCUAG